AUGGAGGCCGUUUUGAACUGCAGACCUGAGGAUUUGGAAGAUUAUUACGGUUUAUUAGGAUGUGAUGAGUUAUCAUCGACAGAACAAAUUUUGAACGAAUACAAGAUCAGAGCCUUGGCAUGUCACCCAGACAAACACCUAGACAACCCCAAAGCAGUGGCCGAGUUUCAGAAGCUACAGGAAGCCAAAGAGGUUUUAUGCAAUGACACUAAAAGAAAAAAUUACGAUCUUUGGAAAAGAAGUGGAGUUGCUAUACCUUUCCAAGAAUGGCAAGCCUUAAAGGACUCCGUAAAAACAUCAAUGCACUGGGCUGUGAGAAAUAAGAAGGAACCCAUGCUGGAGGCUCCAAAGGCUGAAACAGAAAUCAAUGUGCAUGAUGAGGAUCUUCAUUGCCAGCGAGAAGCGUCAGGAAUGCACUCGUCUGAAGCUUCGUUAUCCUCAAGCGAUUUCUGCCAUCGCCGUUUCCGUUGGGCUAGUGACUCACCUUCCUGCCUGCUGCAGAAGUUCCGCAAUUAUGAUAUUUGA